GAAGUAAUCGCAGGAUUUGCAAUAGCGAUGAGUUUAGCUGAGAAACCUGCAUGGACCAGUAUGGAUAAGGAUCAUUUCGUGAGACGUUUGUCAUCGAUGUGUGGACAGGUGGAAAAAAUUAUUCAACGUGGAAGUAUCGAGGAUAUUGAAAAUUGGGAAUUAAAUGGAUUGCGUAGAAAGAUAUGGCGGUCUUGCAGUCAGCUGAUUGAUGACGAAGAAUAUGGACAAAGAGCAUUAGAAUGGAAUUGGCGUUCGUGUUAUUAUUCGUUGAUAUUACGCAUUCGUAACGGCUUCAGUAACAUACUAAGUGAACAACAAAAACAAUGGUCUACUCGUAUAAUGCGUCGUUUAAUCGCUGAAUUAGCUUAUUUGGCUAAUUUCGUUAAGCGACACUCCUCGAGACGUGCACUCAUAUCAGUUUAUAUUGGUGAUUUGUAUCGUUAUUCAUAUUUGCUGUGCUCAGCUGAACGUGAUCGUCAUAUAGCCAUUCUGCAAUACAAGGAAGCAGUGGCCAUUGAUUCGCAUUUGGGAUUAGGUUUCAAUCAGAUGGGGUUAUUAAUUCAAGAGACCGAACCGGCCACAGCGUUGAUGCAUUUCAUGUUGGCAGUUCUCGCUGAGCAUCCCUUCAACGGUGCUUACGCCAAUAUUCUCGCAUUUCUUACGCGUGCUCCAUCGUUGCAAUUGCGUGAAAAUGCAGAUAUCAUUUCACUCAUCACUCACUGUUUUAGUUCGUUCAGAGCAUUAGAAUUCGAUGAAUAUCGAAUGAAAUGGAUGGAAGAAAUGCAUUCAAAAUUGGGGUUACAUGACGAAGAGCGUGUUGCAUUCCGAAUACAUCUCUUGGCAUUAUCUGCGGCAACACUUGCAACAAAAAAAGAAAACGAAGUAUGUCGUGCGAUAUGCACAAUGCUUUUGGAUAUUUCGACGGCAGUCAUAGAAGCAGUCGAAGAAUUGGCUGCGAAUGUAGCAGCGUCGUUGAUGCGGAAAGGUGCUCGUCGCCGGAAAGCAUCUGAUUCGAGUCAAGAAGAGACGUUUGGUUGUACUUCACAAGCAACAAAAGGUGGAGGAGAUUACUGCAGUGAUAAUGAAGACGACGUCGUUGAAUUGUCUGAUGAUGAGGAGGAUGAUGAGUAUUAUUUGUGUUCUGGAGAUCCAUACCAUGUCGAGAAAGUUAUGGAAAAGCUGAAAGCAAAAAAACAAUUAAAUGAUGCAAAAUUAUUACUCACUGCGCUUGUUCAUUUCACAAUUUUGAACGCAAAACAACUAUAUGCUGAGCGUACACCUGGUGCAAUCAGAUCGAGUUUCGAGGAAUUUAUGCAGCGUCUAACCGAAACACUGAAUUCAUUAAUGAUCGAUGAUGCGAAUGACAAAUUUGUAGAAAAUCUCAGUGAUUCAGAUAGUAAUAGGAAUGUACCGUUUUGGUUCAUAAGCACUGGUGAAAGCUAUUUAUUGUUACCAGAUUUGCUUCGACAAUUGAUUCAAGCUGAUUACAUCCCAAUUUCAUUUGAUAAAUUCUUCCGCUAUGCACCCAUUACGUCGAAAAAAGAUACGGUGAUGCAGAAUAUGGCCAAACUACGGCUGGAAUGUCGCGCUAAACAAGAAGAAGCUCGCUCGAUGUUACCCAUUUAUGUAGUGCCCGAACAUGAUGUGGUACUGGAACGUUUGAAUGUGUUGCGUAGCUUACUGCGGGACAAGCGAUUGGACGUGAUAAUAGCUGAAGAUACGCUUCGUUUUUUCGAUAAAAUCAAGAAAGGUGACAUUCGUGCUCGAGAGGCGAUUCGUUGGCUUCAGAAGGGUCUUUAUGAGCAUGGCGAUUAUCUUGCAAUGCAUAAAGCUGAUUCGGUGCGUCAGUGUGCUGAUAAUCUCGUAACGUCUUCGUCUCAUCUUGACAAUCCUUUAAUUGUUGCCGUUCUCACUAUGGAUCAAAUGGAUGAGCAAUACGAUCAAAAACCGUUCAUGCUUAGUGCAAAGAUCAGCAGAGAAAAUGUGGAUCGGUUUGAAGUGCGUUACAAGUAUGCAUUGAAAGACAACUUCUUCUAA